AUGCUUGAUCCUUAAUCAGGGAAAGCAGGGUCAACGUUCACUCGUUCAGCAUCCAAGAUGUGGUGAGCUGUGGGAGUAAUAUAUUCCUCUCCGUCGUCCGGCGGCUCCUCUCUCGUCCUCCGUUCUUGGGAAGCGAAUCCCCGUUGUCUUCUCCGAUCGAGGGUGUGGUUCCUCCGAUCAUGUACCGAGCUUUGGGAUCCCACCUCAGGGCUCUCGAGCGCCAUGCUGGUGGAGGUAUUGGUGCUACCACUAGAUCUGCAAGUACAAGUGUUGCAAAAAGGUCUUCUGGUGGAUUUUUCAGCUGGCUUACUGGGGAGCAGUCUAGUCAACUUCCUCCUCUAGAUUCCCCACUUGCAGGUGUUACACUUCCUCCUCCUUUGCCUGAUUACGUAGAGCCAGAGAAGACUAAGAUCACAACUCUCCCAAAUGGUGUCAAAAUUGCAUCUGAAUCAUCAGCAAACCCAGCUGCAUCAAUAGGACUAUAUGUUGAUUGUGGUUCUGUAUAUGAAACACCUGUUUUAUCUGGGGCCACACACCUCCUGGAGCGGAUGGCCUUCAAAAGCACAACAAACAGGAGCCAUUUGCGUAUUGUCCGUGAAGUAGAAGCAAUUGGCGGCAAUGUCACGGCAUCAGCUUCUCGUGAACAGAUGGGUUAUACUUUUGAUGCUCUAAAAACAUACGUGCCUGAGAUGGUCGAGGUGCUUAUCGAUUGUGUCAGGAAUGCUGUUUUCCUUGAUUGGGAGGUCAAUGAACAGAAAGUAAAGGCAGAGAUUGGAGAAGUUUCUAGCAAUCCCCAGGGUUUGCUCUUGGAGGCUAUUCAUUCUGCUGGCUAUACUGGUGCAUUGGCAAAUCCUCUGAUGGCUCCUGAAUCUGCAGUAAACAGGUUGAAUGCUACUAUUUUAGAGGACUUUGUUAAGGAGAAUUAUACAGCUCCUAGAAUGGUACUUGCGGCAUCAGGCGUGGAUCAUGAGGAGUUGGUAUCAGUUGCUGAACCACUCUUAUCUGACCUUCCAAAGGUGUCUCGCCCUGAAGAGCCAAGAUCAGUAUAUGUUGGAGGAGAGUAUCGAUGUCAAGCGAGUUCUGCACAAACACACGUUGCUCUUGCUUUUGAAGUUCCUGGUGGCUGGCAUCAGGAGCAGGAAGCCAUUACAUUGACAGUACUUCAGAUGCUCAUGGGUGGAGGAGGCUCUUUUUCUACUGGAGGUCCUGGGAAAGGAAUGUAUUCUCGGCUUUAUCUUCGCAUCUUAAAUGAGUUCCAACAAAUCCAGUCGUUCUCUGCUUUCAACAGUGUUUACAAUAAUACUGGCAUUUUUGGAAUCCAUGCAACCACAGGUUCAGAUUUUGUUUCCAAAGCUGUUGAUUUGGCGGCAAGAGAACUUCUUGCACUUGCAACUCCAGGACAAGUUGACCAGACACAACUAGAUCGUGCCAAGCAGUCUACUAAGUCUGCUGUUCUGAUGAACCUGGAAUCAAGAAUGGUAGCAUCAGAAGAUAUUGGGCGACAAAUUUUGACAUAUGGAGAGAGGAAACCAAUCGAGCAUUUUCUGAAAGCUCUUGAUGAAGUUACACUGGAAGAUAUAACUUCAAUUUCGCAGAAGAUCAUUUCUUCACCACUGACAAUGGCAUCUUGGGGAGAUGUUAUCAACGUCCCCAGUUAUGAAUCUGUCAGCCGAAAGUUUCACUCGAAAUGAAUGUUUAUGCACCUGAAAACUCAAGCCAUAUCCACAAUUUUGUACAUGCGGAAACAGAGUUCCCUUAUAUUGGACUUAGCAGCAGAGAAUAAAAUUUUUUAAUUGCCCCCUUGGAAAAUUUCAUGUGGAUCAGUAACAUUGUUGGUUGUUGCAAUCGGGACCUUCAGUUUCUUCAGCUGAGCUCGGAAACCAGGUUCUUGACAAGGUCCAGUGUAUUUCUUAUAAUUCUCAGUAUUUUGUAGCUUCUAUCGAUUACUUGGUCAUGCUGCCAAAAGUGAAUUUCUUAUGCAUGGCUGUCACGAGGUUAUUUCUUAUGAAGGCCAAUUAUUGUUCUUGAAAUGGCUUCUGCUGCAUAUUUGACUUGGAAAAUGAAAAAAAAAAAUCAUAGUGCUGGCUCAUUUUAGAA